AAUUAAGAAAAGAACUCUUCGAAAAUCAAUAUUCUGCAAUGCAACCUUUAAAAUUUUUUUUAGUAAAUACGUAAUAUAUUGUCAUAUAUACUGUUCGUUGUUUAUAUUGGAAAUCGGUAACGAUAGGUGAAGAAUUUAAUAAGCGCCGUCAAUCAAUCAUACAGAACAGGUCGUAUUGACAGCCACCAGGUGAUCAACAAACCUAGACAUGUUAGGUCCGUCAAAUAGUGCACAAGACAAAAUUGCUACAACUGGUCUUUUUCAAAGAAUUUAUAUGAUCAGUUUAUUUCCUUCCUUUUUUUACUUUCUGGCGGUGAUAAAAUACAUUUAAAAUAGUGGAAUCUGGAAUAUCCAAUGAAACAAAAAUACUUUCGUCUUCAGGCAGAAUUUCUAAGAGUUAGGAUAACUCAUAUAAAUGUGAAAUAAAGUUUGAAGAAAUCCGCGAAUUCCUGCCAGAGGUCGAACUACAAUUAUCAUCUUUUAAGAUGAAGUAUGAAUAAGGCUUCGUUAGAUACAGAAUAACUGUGUUAUAAAAUACGGAUAUAUGAUAACUAGUGAUUCAAGGAGGAUAAAACCGUAGGAUAUCUUGCGAAAUUUGGCGGCGUAUCGAAAAUAGUCUCCACGUGAGAUCCAAUUCAAAACGCGACCCCUAAUGGACUAAUUACUUCUGUCCAGGGGCUAUGUUAGAAUUAUGUCGUUAAAACAAGAUAAGAGACACGUAAGUUUUAAUGUCCGACAUCCAAAAAUAUACCUGUACACACCGAAAACAUCGAUGAUUCGAGCUUACAUAAUGGGAAUGAUAUGUAAAAAGAACUAUUUCUUUGUGCUGUCAUCUUUCUAAAAUAUUCUUCUAUUUUUAUACUUGUGUAAUUUCCUGUAUCUAGAUACAUAAACAUGUAAAUAGGCGUGUAUAUAUUUAACGUUCGGUGACGGAAAUUUCCUUAUAUGGGACGAUGACUCGUUACGGAAUUUAACGAAGUUCAGCUAUUGUAAACAGAAUGACAAUAUCCCUCUACAAAAAAUCAAUAUUUUCUGCUGAGUUUAGACAUCACUGAAAAUAGAAACCUUGUAACACAUCUCAAUCUCUGAUGCAGCUGUUGUAAAGUCAAAAUUGCAAGAAUACUAGGAAGUUUACCUGAAAGGGGGCGUUUCCAGACAGUAGCCUGGUGUGAAUUGUCGCAGCUGCCUCCUGUUUAAAAAAAAAAAGGAGUUGGAAGUUUGUCCUACAAGUGGAAUUCUAUGAAAAAGUGUGACAAAGUGACAACUGAUAUCAGACAAUACCUCUACAUCGUGUUCAGACGUUUUGUGUGGUGGUUCAGAAGUGUGAUAAAGUGACAACUUUGUUCACUGAUAUCAGACAAUACCUCUACAUCGUGUUCAGACGUUUUGUGUGGUGGUUCAGAGAAUGAACUUAGGGUAGUCCAGGGUUAGGAUGUCGGUGGAUAUAUUACCCCCAAAGUUUUCUCAACUCCCCACGGUGUUCACCUACCCCCAUCUACAAAAGAUGAAGGAGACACGGCCCCAGUCCCCUCUUGUGAUUAAAGGGAGGGUGCAGGUCGACAAUGCCAAUAUCAAAGUCAACAUCAACAACUUCGAUCCAAACUAUAUUGUGUAUGACCAAACUUCAGAUACUACUUAUAUCAGAGGUCGUCUGCUUGGUAAGGGUGGUUUUGCAAGAUGUUACGAGCUGCUGGAUUUGAAUACAAAUAAAGUGUAUGCUGGAAAGAUAAUAUCAAAACAGCGACUUACAAAACCACAUCAAAAACAAAAGAUUGCCCGAGAAGUGGACUUACAAAGAGACCUCUCACAUGAACAUGUAGUGGGUUUUCACAGUUACUUUGAGGACGAGGACAACGUGUAUAUUGUCCUAGAGAACUGCAGCAGAAAGUCACUGGUCCACAUGUUGAAACAGAGAAAGACCUUGAAAGAACCGGAAGUUCGAUAUUAUCUACGUCAGAUGGUGGAAGGAGUUAAGUACAUUCACAACAAUAACAUCAUUCACCGUGAUCUCAAACUGGGCAACAUGCUACUGAACGAGAAAAUGCAACUCAAAAUCGCAGACUUCGGUCUGGCCACAAAAAUGACCUAUGAAGGCGAAAAGAAAAUGACCGUGUGUGGAACCCCCAAUUACAUAGCCCCUGAGGUUCUACAGAAAAGAGGCCACAGCUAUGAAGCAGAUGUUUGGGCAAUAGGAUGCGUUGCUUAUGCCUUGUUGGUUGGACGUCCCCCAUUCGAAACUUCAACUCUUAAAGAGACGUAUGUCAGAAUUGCAAACAACAACUAUGUUCUUCCGCAAACCAUGUCACUUCCCGCGCAGGACUUCAUCCGUCAGUGCCUGAAUCAUGAACCCGAACUUAGACCUAGUCUGAACGAGCUAUCGAGUCACGAGUUUUUCAGCACUGGUUUCUUGCCAAGGUCGCUUUCCCCUUCGUGCUGUACCAACGUGCCAAAAUUUCCCAUGUACACCAAGUUCAACAGACCCAAGUCGUAUGCCGUUCCAGACAAACCCGAUACAGUUGAACGUAUGACAUCACCACUCAGGAACAUCGAAAUCCAGACAGACACUAGACCGGAACGACAGACAACCGAGUAUGCAGAACGCCUUUCCUCGCCUCCUCCAUUUCCGUCAGUCAAAUCCCCCAUUACCGUAUCUCCCCCUGUAUCCUUCCCUUCCGUCAAGUCUCCCGUCAGAGAAACUGUCAACGAGAGAGUCAACCGCUCAGAGUCGCCUCCAAGCAGAGAAUCUUCACCCAAACCACGAUCAGCAGUGACUUUACUAGAUGUUCUACACACGUGCUUGGAACAUAUGCCCAAAGACGUCCUAGAAAAUCCAGCAUCCAUAUCCGAUUCCAACAUUGUCUGGGUGACAAAAUGGGUCGAUUACUCCAACAAAUAUGGCUUUGGUUUCCAACUCUCCAAUGACGUCAUUGGCGUUCUCUUUAACGAUACGUCCAGAAUUGUGAUGUCACCGGACGGGAGAGCUGUGCAGUAUUUUGACGUCACCAAUAAAUCGUCAUCGUUUACAGUGGAGUGUGUUCCUGAGGAGCUAGAGAAGAAAACCACACUCCUCCUCUACUUUGCUCGGUAUAUGGACGAGCAUCUUAUUCAGGGAGGUCGUGUGGAGUUGUCCAGGGACUCUGAUGAUGCCUGGUACGGAAACGUGUAUUUGAAAAAGUGGUUCAGAACCUCUAAAGCAAUCGUUCUCUACCUUAGUGAUGGAACUCUUCAGGUGAAUUUCUUUGAUGACCAUACCAAAAUUAUAAUGAGUUACAUGAAGAAUGAUUACUAUGUGACCUACAUAGAUCAAGAGAGAACAGCUAACACAUACUGUAUGAUGCAAAUCAUCCAAGACGGCUGCCGCAAGGAUAUCGUACAACGCAUGAACUUCGCUAAAAAGAUGCUCAAAAAUUUGGUAGAUAUCGAGGGAGUAGAUAUUUAAAAAAGGACCUUCUGAUAUCAGUAGAUAUCUCACAAUGACUUACUGAUAUCAAAAUAUCACGUCCCAUUUGUCUUUCAAAGUACAAGUCUACGAAGAAAGGUAUUGGACGAACCAUGCCAUGUAGACUUAUGCGUCUAUCAUACAGAAUAAUCUAUCAAGUGCCUAGGUUGUACACACACACACAUAUAUAUAUAUAUAUAUAUAUAUAUAUGUCAUAUAUAUAUAUAUAUAUAUACUUCAGAUCUCGGAUAAUAUACUGAUUUCCCUUUUAAAUUGGUGCAUAAUAUAUAAUUAGCUAAUGCCUAAUUAUUAGCAUAUAGUAAGGAUAGACCUAACAGUAGAUUUAUAUAGCUCUAGAGAUGGUGAGAUUAUUGUUGCAAUAUGUAAGAGGACUGACGUCUCGCAGCGAUCGCCCGUCCCCCCUUAUAAAGUUGCACGGUGCUACGACUGUAAAACUGAAUGGGCCACGAAGAAAAAAAUAGGCGUGGUCUCACUGAUAUGCAGUUAGAGAAAUAUUGAAGAAAAAACAUUCCUGCCAAUGAUUGAAUUCGUGUACAAACUAGUCUUGUCUUUCCUGUCCCAACACAUACAUGAUAGUUGGGCAAAAAUGCAUUUAAUUGAAACAUUUUUGGGCGUAGAACGCCGGGACAGACUAGAUCAAUCUUGAUAACAUGUGAUAAUAAAAUCGUGGACCAAUAUAUUGAUCUCAUGUUGAAGACUCGGAAGAAAUGUGCAUAUAGAUAAUGCCUUUUUUGUUUCAUUGUGCAAACACCUGUGAUUUUUUUGUACAUUCAGUGAUUUUUUGGUUAUAUGUUUUGGGUGCAAUUAGCAAUGGUUUUUAAAUUGCCCCUUAAGAAUAUAUGUAUUUUGUUUCGAAAUGGUAUGAAUGAACCACGGUUUAUUUCGAAAGGAAACGCCAAAUUAAAUAUCUUCUUUGUGUUGCAGUAUUAUGAAACACAAAGGUUAACAUUUGGUUUAGUUUAAUCACUUGAAAACAAUGUGGUUUAAGUGAUAAUGUAGAAAACUACUGCUUUUUACAAUCAGGGAUCUCAGAGGCAAAUGGUAAUAUAAUAAUCAGUGACGUGCAUGCUAAUUAUGGUUACAUAAAUCUUGGUAUUUUCGUCUUACGACGCUGAUGCAAUCUUUACUUUUUGUGACGGUGUAAUCUUGACAACUGUAUAUGCAAUGUUUUGUGGGUUUUUUUCCUUACCCUUAAUACACCUUUUAAAAAAGGGUGUAAAAUUAUACUGUUUUGUAUGCAUGUCAACUAAAAUCACAUCAUGAACUGCAUUUAUUGUGUAAGAUAGAGUGUGGUUGACUGAAUGUGAAAUCUUGAAGUGAUGUGUGAUUUAAAAGGAGUUUUGCUCUCAAUAAAAUGUCUUGCAAUA